GGGGGGGGGGGGUGAAGGAGGGCUGUACAUCUCCUCAUGGAGCUGUCCACUCACACACAAACAAAGCAGCUGAAGUCAGGGAAGAGAAAAAAAGAGUCAAGCUUCAGGGCUGGAGAGUGCCGAAGCAGGCAGUCAGAGCUAACCUCGGCCAGUUCCCGGCAGUCCUUUAUCCCGCAUCCAGGCUCCAGUGCUCCUCGUACAGCCAUGUUUCAACCCCUGGCCUGGGAAAGCUGGCUGGACUCCUUAUUCACCAAGAAAAUCAAGAACAUCCUUGCAAAGGCUCUAUAUGACAACACAGCGGAGUGUGAAGACGAGCUGGCCUUCCGGAAGGGCGACAUCAUUACGGUGAUGGAGCAGAACGUGAGCGGCAGCCAUGGAUGGUGGAAGUGUUCGCUGCACGGGCGACAGGGCUUCGCCCCAGCCAACCGCCUGCAUCUCCUCUCCCCGGCCCAGGCCGAGGGUCUCUACCGGGGGGCUGUGGUGGGCUGCUUGACCCUCUGUGCCGAGAAGUCCCCCUCUGACACCGCUCCGCGGUGCGACAGCCCCCAGAACAUCUACCAAAUCCCCAGCGUCCCCCGGCUGCUCCCCGGCCCCACCUAUGAAUGCAUGGACCGAAUCUACAAAGUGCCGUCCACCCCCCAGCCAGCCCCAAAGGGUCCCACCCCCACCUCACAAAUGCACACCCAGGAAAGGAAUCCUUCUCCAUGCCUGGUAUCAGCGGCAGGAGGAAGCUGUAGCCCCAGAUCAGAAGUCUACGAUGUUCCAACCUGUGCCAGACGUGUCUCCCUCUUCUCUGUGUCUCCAAAUCGGCCGAUGACAAGGAAAAGCUCCCUCGUCACAACCUCAGAGCUGCAGCAGAAGCGUGAUGCUGGAUGGAUGAAGUGUUCAAACAGCCAGGCAAGUGUCCACGCCAUCCCACCUGCACCUUCCCAGGACCCUAGCUAUGAUAUCCCCAUGGCCUCAACAUCCGAAGCCCAGCAGAGACUGGCUUGUGGAUACAACACGCUACCAAACCCUCGCAAGUCGGACUGGAUCUAUGACGUGCCCGUGUCGCCCGAGAAGCCGGGCCAGGAGCAGGCCAGCUACGGCACCCUGCCCUCCCAGGCGGCGAGCCCGGAGAGGCAGCUGUACGACACCCUGCCCUCCAGGGCUGCGAUCGCGGGGAGGCAACUGUACGACACCCUGCCGGCGCGGGUGUGGCCCGUUCAGAGCUGCAGCUCCGCCCUCUCGCUCUACGACAUCCCCAAGCCCAGCUCCCCCCUCAGGCCGGCCCAGGAACUGCCAGGAGGCCUGCCCUGCGCAGAGCCCGGAGUCUCCGUGUACGCCACCCCUCCGGGGGCCAAGCAGCCAGAGCCCUCCGUGCGCUCCGUGCCCCUCGUCUCCCAAGAGCAGCCCAGCUCACAGUGCCCUAGAGAUUUCAUGAGGGGCCACGUGCCCCCAGAGCGCAGGGGCAUGGCGAGACCCACGUAUGACCACCCACACGGGCGGCAGCUUAGAGACAGGAUUAGUGUGGGGGUGGGGUCUCUCCACCGCGGUCCCGCCUCCAGGGAGUCCCUGCGAAAAGACAAGGAAGACCAGGAGGAGAGCGACAGCAUCUCCAGCCUGUCGGCCAGGGACAGCCAGCGGAGCAGCACUGCCUCCAGCUCCUCCAACAGCUCCUACGACUCCCUGGCUCUGAGCUGCUCCUCCCCGGAGCCCCAGCGCGAGGUCAGCCUGUCCCAGGAGGAGGCCAGCCAGCGGCUGGUGGAGCUGCAGGAAGCCGUGUGCCAGGCCGUGCCCAGGCUCAUGGUAUUUGUGAGCAGCAGCUGGCGGAGCAGGGAGCACCUGGGCCAGCACCUGUCGGAGAUCCGUGCCGCGGUAGAGAGCAUCUCUGCAGCGAUAGUUCAAUUCCUGGACUUCGCCCUAGAUGUGAGGGGCAACGCCCGGCGGCUGACUGACUCCAACCUGCAGGUGCGGCUCCACAAGCAGCUGUCCAUCUUGGAGGACUCUGGGCUCAUUUUGCAGCAGGCCAAGGAGUCCCUGGAUGGAGGCGGCUGGCAGCUGGAUGCACUGUCCCAGGAGCCCAGCCAGAUGCAGACACUUGAUCAGCUGGAGCGCUUCGUUAUGGUGGCCCGCACUGUGCCUGAAGACGUCAAGCGCCUAGUCUCAAUCUUGAACGCCAACGGCAAGCUGCUAUUCCGACCCAUACAGAGAGACGCUGACCCGUCUGGAGGGGAGAACCAGAUAGAGGCUAAAAAAAGUCCCGUGAAAAACAGGCAGGUGGGUGAUCCUGGAGUUGAAGACAAUGACUACGUGCAGCUACAGACAAAGAAGGAGUUUGAGCUGCAGCAGAACAGCAAACAGGAGGACAAGAACAUAGCUCUGAAUGGGACACCUGUAGCCCACAAAAGCCCACAAAAGCCCUCGGUUAAGCAUAAGAAAGCCCCUCCUCCUCCCCCAGUGCGUGCGAAUAAUUCCCGGAUGCAAUCCCUGUCGGAGUACCUUAGACUCUACUUUGGAGCACUGCAGAAGGCCAUCACCGUGUUCGUGAUGGGUCUCCAGGAGGGACAGCCACCUGAGAAGUUCAUUGCUCACAGCAAACUGGUGAUCAUGGUGGGUCAGAAGCUGGUGGACUCUCUGUGCCGGGAGGCUCAAAGCGGACAGGCCAGCCAGGACCUGCUUUGCAAGAGCAACCACCUGUGUGCCCUGCUCAAACAGCUGGCUGUGGCCACCAAGAAGGCAGCCCUCCAUUUCCCAGACAAGCAGGCUCUGCAGGAGGCCCAGGACUUAUCCAAAGAGCUAGCACAGCAGGCACAGCACUUUCGGACCUCGCUGGACCUCUGAGAGACCCCCAACUAGCAGAGAACAAACUCUGGCCCAACAUGCUGUGUGGCGCAUCAACAGUCAACAUUGCUGUUAACAACAACCUCUCCCCUCCUCUUUGGACCAUUUUCCAUUUUGCAUUUACUAAUACUUAUUUUCCUUUAGUUAUGCAUUAUCCACAUUUCCAGGCCCUUUUAUAUUAACUUUUUUAAGUUGAAGUUUUUGUUGGCAGAUGAGACAUUUCCACAAUGAUUCAGGUUCAAGAAAGCUCAUGUAAAUGAUUAAAUGCAAUGUAUUGCAGUACCACUGUAUCUAUAGCAAUUAUAUCUGUAGUACUGUUUACAUUAUGAACUAGACUGAAGCAAAGGAUAGAGAUAUAAUUAGUAUUGUUGGAAUAAUAAUAUGGAUUACAUUGUAAAUUAAACAAGAACUUAAAAGCAA